AAGACGCUGCAGACCAUCGCCUUGCUGUCCUACCUCAAGUUCGAGCGGGGCGUGCAGGCAAGGGGCCCGCACCUUGUGGUGGUGCCCCUGUCGGUGCUGCCCUCCUGGAUGAGCGAGUUCGAGCGCUGGAGCCCCCAGAUGCGCGUGGUGCGCGUGCACUCGAGCGACGCGGAAGAGCGGCAGCGCCUGAAGCGUGAGGUGCUCUCCCGCCCGUCCUCCUUUGAUGUCGCCGUCACCACCUACGACAUGGUGAAGAGCAAGGACUGGAACGCCAUCCUGGCGCGCAUGCUGCGCUGGCGCUACCUGGUCCUGGAUGAGGGGCACCGGAUCAAGAAUGAGGAGACGCAGUUGGCGCACUCGAUGCGUGGCCUCCACCGCCAGCAGACGCUGCUGCUCACCGGCACGCCGCUGCAAAACAACCUGCACGAGCUGUACGCGCUGCUGUCCUAUUUGUACCCCGACGUGUUCACCACCGCCCAGCCGUUUGACGACGCCUUCAACCUCACGCUGCACAAAGUGGACGCGGCGCAGCUGGAGGCGGCGCACCACAUGCUGUCGCCCUUCAUCCUGCGGCGCCUGAAACAGGAUGUGGAGCUGGGCAUGCCGCCCAUCGUCGAGACGCGCAUCAGCUGCCCGCUCAGCCUCAUGCAGACCUUCUGGUACCGCCGGCUGCUGAUGAAGGAUGGUGCCGCGCUGGCGCACAUGGAGAAGGAGGUGGAGGGCAAGCUCAUGAUGCUUGUGCAGCAGCUGAGGAAGUGCUGCAACCACCCGUACCUGUUCCCCGGGUCUGAGCCAGACUUUGAUGGAAGGACGGGCGAGGACAUCGUCCAUGCCAGCGGCAAGAUGGACGUCCUGGAUCGGCUGCUGAAAAAGCUGAAGAGGCGCGGCCACCGCGUGGUGCUGUUCAGCCAGUUCAAUAUGCAGCUGGACAUUCUCGAAGACUUCAUGAACAUGCGCGGCUACAAAUACAGCCGGCUGGACGGCACCACCAACCGCGUGCAGCGCAUGAUAGACAUCAAGCUGUUCAACCGCCCGGGCUCCGACACGUUUGUGUACCUGCUCAACACGCGGGCCGGCGGGCUGGGCGUCAACCUGCAGACCGCAGACGUG